AUGACCUCCGCCAGUAAAAUAAACGAGGUUCUCUUAAAGCUAGAUGGCCUAACACUCGAAUCUAUCGCUGAGAAAUACCCCACCACGCAUCCAAAAGUCAAUCCUUUCGAUGUCUACCGAGUACAUAUCAGCGAAGUCCUAGCCCCCAUCACAGGCGUAGCCCCCGAGAAGAUUCUCUCCGUUAUCCAAUGGACAAACGCCCUCGAUAAGGGAGACUUCACCUUACCUAUUCCCGCCCUCCGGAUAAAGGGCGCAAAGCCAGAUGCAUUAGGAGCCGAGUGGGCAGCCAAGUUCCCUGAAGAUGAUCUUCUUUUCGAGAAACCAGUCGCUGCCGGCCCAUUUCUCUCCUUCUUCGCUAAAGGCGCCCCUCUAUCACAGUCGAUUAUUCCUAUGAUCCGCAACCUCGGCGAGGAGUAUGGACGAAAUCGGUUCCUCGGCCUAAAAGACCCCAAGGACCCGAGCAAAGGAAAGAAGCGGAUCGUCGUCGAGUUCAGUUCCCCCAACAUUGCUAAGCCAUUCCAUGCCGGACAUCUUCGUUCCACAAUCAUCGGAAGCUUCCUCGCAAACCUAUACGAGGGGGCCGGUUGGGAUGUUGUCAGGAUCAACUAUCUCGGCGAUUGGGGUAAACAAUACGGCCUCUUAGCUCUGGCUUACGAGAGAUAUGGAGACGAGGAAGCACUAAAAAAGGAUCCUAUCGACCACCUCUUUCGACUCUACGUUCGUAUAAAUGCCGAAAAAGAAGAGGAGUUGGCAACCAUCGAGGCCAAGAAGAAGGAAGGCCAGGAUGUUACCGAACUAUUGGCUAACUGCUUGGAUGAACAAGCUCGAGGAUAUUUCCGCAAGAUGACGGACCGAGACGAAGAAGCUAUAGCAUUAUGGAAGCGUUUCAGAGAUUUGAGCAUUGUCCGGUAUAAAGCGACGUACGCCAGGCUGAACAUCAAGUUCGACGAAUACAGCGGCGAGAGUCAGGUCACCGAAGAGGCGAUGGAAAAAGUAGCCAAGGAGAUGGCCGAAAAGGGAAUUACCCGAGAAGACCAGGGCGCCGUGCUCGUCGACUUUACAGAGCUCAUACCGGGUAAGGAAGGUAAGCGUCUCGGGCGGGCAGUUGUUAGGAAGAGGGAUGGAACUGCUUUAUAUCUCACCCGAGAUAUUGCAGAGCUCCUAGGUCGGUACGAGAAGUACGGAUUCGAUCAGAUGAUUUACGUCGUUGCUAGCCAGCAGGAUCUUCAUCUUCAGCAACUCUUCAAGAUCAUCGAACUCCUCGGCUACAAGGACAUUGCAGCUCGCUGUCAGCACAUAAAUUUCGGACUAGUGCUAGGCAUGAGUACCCGAAAAGGAACCGUUAAAUUCUUGGACGAUAUUUUGCGGGACUGCGCCGAUCACAUGCACGAAGUCAUGAGGAAAAACGAAGCCAAAUAUUCCCAAGUAGAAGACCCCGAAGGCACCGCUGAUACGCUCGGAAUCAGCAGCGUAAUGACACAGGACAUGAGCGGGAAGAGGGGGAAUAAUUAUACCUUCGAUUUGGCAGUGAUGACGUCUUUCGAGGGAGACACCGGGCCUUACUUGCAAUACGCGCACACCCGACUUUCGUCUAUCAAGCGCCGAGCGAACGUCUCGGACGAGGAGUUGGCUAAUGCGGAUCUAUCGCUCCUUACGGAGCCUCAUGCCGUCAACGUAGUCCGACUACUUGCCCAAUGGCCGGACGUGGCCCAGAACACGCUACGGACCUUGGAGCCGACUACGGUGGUAACGUACCUCUUCAGGCUCACACACGUAAUCAGUAGUAGCUAUGACCACUUGCAAGUAGUGGGUAGCGAUCCUGAGUUGAAGGCAGCUCGUAUGGCAUUAUACGAUGCCGCCCGGAUAGUAGUAGGAAACUGCAUGCGAUUACUCGGAUUAAGUCCUCUUCAGAGGUAA